AUGUUAGGUAAAAAGAAAGGACUAAAAGCAAAGGUACAUAAUGUGGCUCCUCAUAUACGUUUUACUCACUGUAUUAUUCAUCGAGAAGUUCUCGCUUGCAAAGCCAUUAUUCCCGAACUUAAAACUGUUUUUGAUACAGCUGUCAAAAUCGCCAACUACAUAAAAUCACGCCCUUUGAAUGCCAGGUUAUUUGCUUCAUUGUGCAAAGACAUGGGCUCAGACCAUGAAACAUUGUUGCUUCUCACAGAAAUCAGAUGGCUCUCCAGGGGAAAAGUUUUCACACGGCUGUAUCAGCUGAGAGAUGAGGUCCUCCUAUUCCUUCUGGAAUCAGGCUCUGAAUUUAGUGUAUUCAUGACUGAUAGUAACUGGUUAGGAAAGCUAGUGUAUUUAUCAUGCAUUUUUUAUAAACUUAAUGAGUUAAAUCUUUCCAUACAAGGCCCAAACACAAAUAUUUUGUCGUUGUUCGACAAGAUAAAUGCAUUCUCAAAGAAGCUUGAGCGAUGGAUUUCACGAGCUGAAGAGGGUAACAUUGAAAUGUUUCCUGAACUUGGAGAGUUUGGAGAGGAAAAUGAGUUAUGUCUGGAUAAUUUGAAAGUAAUAAUAGUUAAUCAUCCUCGAAAUCUUUUUAAUUACUUCAAGAAAUACUUUUUAGAAGAGUCAGAUCUAGAACAGUAUGAUUGGAUACGAUUUACGACUCAAGUUUGGGUCAACAACAUUGAAUGA